AGCUCAGGCAGGUUUUGGUGGAAGGAGAAGAGAAGAAGAGCGGAAACAACUCUGAGAGCAUCAUGGAAACUUUGUCCCGUUCUCGGCUGCAUCUUCUCACCGUCGUGUUCUUCUUGGUCUCCCCGGUUCGCCUCCAGCGGCCCCCGGCUUGCGAACUCAUCCGCAGCACCGUCGCAAAGGGCUCCUACCUCUUAGAAGUGACUCCCCCUUACUACAAGCCUGGUGCCAUCUACACAGUAACCGUCUCCGGGAUAGAGAAUGGGACUUCUCUGAUCCUUCAAGCCAUCUACUCCGAUGAGGAAUCUCGUGGGCUUUGGGAAGCCGAAGACCAGUCCAUUGCGUGCAGCGACACCGAGAGCCUCGUCCAGAAAAACGUUACUGGGAGCGGGUCCCGGACACGGUGGACGUCCUCAAGCAACGCCAAUGUGGCCUCGGCAGAAAUAAGGGCUUUCGUCUCCUUUGCCAAUGGCACAACGCUGAUGCAGACCAGAAGCCUGCAGGAAGGUAGAACAACGAUGGCUGUAACACCAUCCUCCUCUUCUCAACCGACCUCUGGUUCCCAUCAUUCAACGUUCAGCGACACAACUGACCGCCACCUGCUCCACAACACAACAGUGGUCCACCACAACAUGGCUUCUUCACACCAGUUGACCCCAAGCCCUCCUUACAGUGGGGCUUCAGGAGCCCAAACUUGCUCCUUCCUCCUGGCCCUCUUGCAGGUCUUCUCCAUCUCUUUGGGCUACAAGCUCCUCGCCUAAGAAGGACCUCCUCAAAAGAAAGGCCUUAUAUAUAUGGUUUGGUGUGUGCUUCCACCAUCACGUCCCACCAAAAGGUGAAGGGUGGAAGCUUAACCCCCCAUGUCUCUCUUUCUUCCUUACUCCAACAAGUAUCCAUGUUUUGUGAUUGCACUUCCCACAGCUUCAUUCUUAUCGAGACCACUUCUGUUGACAUGAGAGACAAUACAGUGAAAAGCUGUAGGCCACAUCUCAAGGAACUAUGACUUGAAGGUGGGAAUGCAUAACAUCGCAUAAUAAGCUAUAUGCUCAUGCUAAAAUACUCAGACAAUUCUCCAAAAUCCACUUAGCAAUAGGGAUGGUUCUCAAUCCAAAGUUGAGAGGAAGGGCCAAGAAUGAGGCUACGUCCCCAAAUGUGAAGCCUUUGCAUUGAAUUGGGGCACGCAAUCCUUGUGGGGCAUCACAACAAGGCAAAUCCGCAACCCAAUGCACAUCUCAUGCACUUCCAAAACUCAGCUUCUCCAACUUCAAACCAACUGCUGAUGUUCUUCAACAAGCCAAGAAAUUCUGGAAAAGGAAGCUUCCAAAUUUUUCUUUUGGCAUCACCUCAAGUUUUGGAGAACCUCUGAAGAUUGAGUAGGAAAUUAGUCAAUGCUUUGGAGGACACUGGACUUCAGAGCAAACGGAGGCCAUCACAGCAAUGUCCUACAAUCCAAAAUGCAAGGAGGAGAGACUCUUCCAAAAUCCCAUGCACUUCCAAAACUCAGUUUCUCCAGCUUCAAACCAACUGCUGAUGUUCCUCAACAAGCCAUGGAAUUCCGGAAAAGGAAGCUUCCAAAUUUUCUUCUGGCCUCACCUCAAGUUUUGGGGGACCUCUGAAGAUUGAGUAGGAAACCAGUCAAUGCUUUGGAGGACAUUGGACUUCAGAGCUAACAGAGGCCAUCGCGGCAAUGCCCUACAAGCCAAAAUGCAAAGAGGAGAGACUCUUCCAAAAUCCCAUGCACUUCCAAAACUCCACUUCUCCAACUUCAAAACCAACUGCUGAUGUUCCUCAACAAGCCAUGGAAUUCCGGAAAAGGAAGCUUCCAGAUUUUCUUCUGGCAUCACCUCAAGUUUUGGGAAACCUCUGAAGAUUGAGUAGGAAAUUGGUCAACGCUUUGGAGGACAUUGGACUUCAGAGCUAACGAAGGCCAUCGCAGCAAUGUCCUACAAUGCAAGGAGGAGAGACUCUUCCAAAAUUUCCAGCUGUGGAUGUAAACAGAGCAUUGCAUCUCCAUUGAAUGUAUCACUGCAAGGUUGGACUAGGUGGCCUUUGUGGUCCCUUCUGACUCUAUGAUUCAAUGUGCCAUGUUUCCCUCUUUCUUCUGUAACAACAUCUCUAAAGCCGGCCUCCAGAAUCCCAACUUUAGCUUUCAGUAUGUAUUAACCCCUGCCGGCAGGGCAUUUCUUUGGGGUUUCCAAAUAUUGCCCUUGCAAUAUUUCUUCUGCUCUCUCCAAAGAAGUCUGGUUUCAGAAUGGAAGGAACAGAGAACAAAUUGGGGUUUGGGUAUCUUGUAUUUUAUUGUAUUUUGAGUUUUUGGUCUUGGUUUCCAAACCAGCCAAGUUGGUUAUGAAUAGCUUUUGUACAGACUAUAAUUCCUUGGGGGAAAUAUGUUUAGGAAUUCCACAUUAUUUGAAAUGUAUUUUGGGAAACCUGUGUUAUUUGAAAGACUUUUUUUUUGUCCAAAUAAAGCGCCUUCAUUGCUUUCCAAAUAA